CUCUCGAGGUGACUUUCUGCUUCCAAUCACAGCUUAAGAAUUCAACCUAAAUUUUUUUUUUCUGGUGAAAAGCUCUUUUUCAUUACUUUCUUGUAUUGAGCCUUAUUCCAGAAGGCUGAGGUUUCUCCAAGUCUGACCACUAGUCAGUGAGGCAUUGGUGCCUCUUUCUUCAGUACUUCUAGGAGGCCAACUAAUAAGCUCUCUAGAUGAGAUAUACUACCUAAAAAGUGGUGCCCAAACAACAACUUUAAGUGCCUGCUAGAACUCUGUUCUUUCAGAAGUUUCCUUCCACCUAUCUCUCCACUAAAGAUGGAGUUAAAACUAAAAGAUCGUGAAUUUUGGUACAAUCUCCAAGGCCAGGUACCAGGGCUGCUGGACUGGGACAUGGAGAAUGAGUUAUUUUUGUCUUGUACCACAGACCAGUGCUCCUUACCUGAGCAGAUCCUUAGCAAAUACAGAAUCCGAGUAAUGAAGCCCCCAGAGAUGCCUCAGAAGAGGAGACCCAGUCCUGAUAAAGAUGGUCCUUACUGUGAACCCAAUCUGUGGAUAUGGGUGAACCCCAACAUCCUGUGCCCCCUUGGUGGCCAGAAGGCCCCAAAGCCCAGUGGAAAAAAGGAUCUGACAAGCAUUUCUCCUUUCCCUCAGCCCUCACUAACAGAUGAAGAGUCUAACUGCUCAGAGGUCACAGUGGUAGAGUCCCUGUCAUCUUCCUCCAGUGAGCAGUCUCCUAUACAGAAGCAAGAUAUCUAUUCCCCUAAUGACUUUGUGCUCACAGAAGAGGAGGCUGAGAAACAAGAGGACAACUCCUUCCAGUCCCCUGAAAGAGAGUGCUUCCAGAGCCAGAACCUAUGGCAAAUCAACAGCCAAGAGAAAUCCUGGCAACGGAUCCCUCUCAAUUGUAGCCACCUUAUUGCCCUAGCAUUAAGAAAGAGCCCCCACUGUGGCCUCAGUGUGCAGGAGAUCUACAGUUUCACCCGACACCAUUUUCCCUUUUUCUGGACAGCUCCAGAUGGCUGGAAGAGCACCAUCCAUUAUAACCUCUGCUUCCUGAGCAGCUUUGAGAAGGUACCAGACAACCUUCAGGAUGAAGAUAAUGCAAGACCUUGCUGUUGCCGUUGGAGGCUCACUAAGGAAGGGCACUGCCGCUUUUGGGAGGAAACUCGUGCCUUAGCCGCUGCUCAAAGGGAGAGCAUCCAAGAGUGCAUGAGUCAGCCAGAGUUGUUUACCUCUCUCUUUGAUCUUUGAACUACCACUGCUCCCUUUUUGGAACACUGCCUUUCUUACUGUGCCUACUUAUUUACUGACUGACAUUCAUUAAUCUCUAAACUUACACUGCCUGAUUUGUGCCAAGCCUAUCUUUAGCUACUGUUACAAUAAUGAUGUUAAGUAAAGUUAUAUGCGGGUACAGGGAAGGCAGAGCUUAAAUCCAGGUGGAGAGUCAUGGAAAGUCACACGAGAAGAGUGGCUGUUGUUCUGCAUUUUCAGCAGAGGAAGGAAAUCCUAGAAACAAUGGCAUGGAAGCUAAGGAGAGAAGGGUGUGUUUUGUGAAAAAGGAAUUCUGUUUAUAGAGAGUAUUUUGACACAUGAAAGUGAACAGUGGAAUAUAAAGCUAAAACGAAGCCUGGAGCCAAGCCAUGAGAACCUUGAGUGCCAUGUGAAGAGAAUCUGGCUUGUGGUGGAGAUUCAAGUUUCCCCCUCUACCAUUCAACAGCUACAUCUCCUUUUUAAGUAACCCAUUUUGUCCUUCAGAACCUCACUUUUCUAUUUCUGGUCCUGGACAUCUAAGCCUUGUUUCUUUGUCAUCCAAUUCCAAUAUUGACAAAUAAUUCUAAACAGCUACUUUUAGUUUGGAUGUUGAAAGUCCUUUGAAGUAUUCCUGUAUUAACCUCAAGCCUUUUGAUGAUAAAGCUUUGUUUUCCAUU